GUACGGCCCGGGCGUUCAGACCAUCGAGAUGCCUGGCGGCCGUACGGCGGCCCGGCUGAUGCGUCGGCUCGUGCAGACGCAGACGGUGGAGGCGACGUCGGGCGCGGAGCCCGGGAGCACCGUGCUCGCAGCGACCAAGCUGAGGGGCGACUGGGCGCGCGGAGACGUCGGCGCGCACGGGGAGCUGCUGUGGCGCGCGCUGGUCGGUGAGGCCGGCCUCGUGGUCGGCGCCCUCGGGCGCGUGCCCGCAGAGGUCCAGCUCCGGGGCGGCCGGCAGCCUGCCGUCGUCGGGGCAGCCCUGGAGGUCGCCUCCGUCAACGAGCUGCGCCUCGAGAGCGCCGGAGAUCGCAGCAGAACCGGCGUGAGCACACACUUGUCGGCGUUCCGCGCGGGUUUCCCGAAGCGGCGCUGGUGCCCCCCCCCCUGGCGGAGGAGGGGGGGGUGGCCGGGUCCCAGAGAUCCGGGCGGGUCUUCAAAGGUGUGUGUGCUCGUGCAACAGAACACGGGUGGCACUACAUAUGAGGAAUAG